AUGAGAAUAACUCCGAGUCUCCUAGCACGAGGCUUUAUUGGCCGAAGCAUUGAUGAGUUCAAACGAUUAUCCGUGAUUGCUUUGAAAGCAGAAGGCACCCGACAUGCCACGAAACCUUACGUCCUGACAGCUUUCCAUGAUCCCGAUUCCAUACAAGCAUGCAAACUCAUGUCAGAUGCUGAUGUGGGCGGUUUCUCUCGAGCAAAUCUGGAUUGGAUACCUCCAACCACAUCACUCCAACCAUCCCCAUCCGAAAGCAAAUACGGACACGCCAGAUUCCACGGCAGCAUAUCAAUUGAGCUUCCAGUCAACAAGCCACACAUACAACGAACGGGCUAUGCUGCAUGGCGAACAAAAGAUAGACCGCCCACAAUAUUUGGGAAAUCAUUAUGGGACAUAGACCCUUAUGCCUUUCUGGCAUUACGAAUCAAGAGUGAUGGGAGGAAGUACUUCGUUAAUGUGCAAACGGAAAGUAUCGUGCCCACGGAUCUACACCAGCACAGAUUGUAUGCACGGAGGCCGGGCGAAUGGGAGACGGUGUUGAUCAAGUGGAAUGAGUUUGUGAGAACGAAUCACGGCAUUGUGGUGGAGCCGCAGACGGAGUUGUUGAGGCAGAAGGUCAGAACCGUGGGUAUUGGUUUGAUUGAUCGGAUUCCGGGAGAUUUCGAGCUCUGUGUGGAGAGGAUAUGGGCCACAAAUGAACUAGGAGAAGAGUUCCUGAAGGAGGAUGAUAGGGUUGAAGAGGGGCAAUUGAAGAGCAAGCAUGGUGCGAAGAUACGAUGGAACGAGGAGAAGGACAGGAAAGACCGGCCGUGA